GGCCGCCAUUGGACGCGUGUCGCCGCCGCCGUCGUCGUCGUCGUCAUCGCUUCAUUACUAUCACCGUUUGUAAUCGCCAUCCGGACAGAUGCUUUGAUAAUCUUGCGCAGCAUCCCAGGCAUCCAUCCAAAAGCGCCGCAGGCUUAGUUUGCCCCGCAUUUUUUCGGUGUUUUUCGGAAGUGAUUUGAUUUUGUUUUCGUCUAAAAUUAAAGUCUUUAAUGUGUCAUUCCGCGAUCGAGUCUCGCGAGUGUGUCCCGGUGUGUGUGCGUGUGUGUUAAGUAAUGCAAACAAAUAAAUGAUAAUGAUAAAAAGGCGAUAAACGUUUAAAGCUUCAAGAAAAGAAAAGAAAAGAAAAGAAAAGAAAAGAAAAGAAAAACAGCAACAAGCAGCAAAGCCCAUAUUCCAUUUAAUUGCGCAUCGUCCGCAUCGUUCGAGAGAAAGUGCCAGGAGCGGAGACGCCUCGCUGACAGGUCCUCCAUCGCCAUAUUGCAACGCAUCGCUCAUCCGUGGAGGAGGAGCCAGCCAAGCCUCAUGGCCGACGACGAUUUGCGGGCACUGGUGGAUAGCCUGGAUGACGCCUCGCAGGAGGAUUUGGCCAACGUCAUAGCCAACUUCUCGCUGGACAUGCUGCAGCGGGCCAGCGCCCUAAUUGGCGCCCAGCAGCCGCACAGUGGGGCGCUCCUCGUCAACCGCACGCAGCAGUGUCAGCACCAGCAGGAGCUGGAGGAGCUCCAAGCGGCGGCAGCCGGUGGCAAGCGGAUUUUACAAUGUCCCAGUUCCUUCGAUUCCGUGCUGUGUUGGCCCCGAACCAAUGCUGGGAGUCUGGCAGUUUUGCCCUGCUUCGAGGAGUUCAAGGGGGUGCAUUAUGACACCACAGCACGGAGGAGUGUGUGAUCUGCCUGCGGCCAUCUCCCCACACGCGGCUGGGAUCCUUGCAGCGUUACCACAGCAUCGACAUCUCAGAUUUUGUUUAGUUUUCUUUUUGGUUAUAGUAUUUCUAAUAAUUUCUAUAAAUUAAAAUAGCCCAUGAAGUAUUAUGGAGGUCCUAGGUGCGAAGUAGAUCAGAUCAGACUUCGUUCAGGCAGGCAGAAGGGGUUCGUAGGAUGUUUCCAAACAUCUUCAGAUCUUGGUGGGUUCUGUCCUUAGCUGAGAUUAAGAGAUCAAGAGAUUUCCUUGUCAACUUUAUUAAUUUUGUUUUUCCUUUAUAUAAAUAUAUUUAUUUUGCUAAAAAAUUACUUUGAAUGCUGACCUUGUGCAAAGAGCUACAAAAGCCAACAG